CCAUCUACGUAGGAACUUUGUUUCAAAUCCUUCUGUCUCCCCUUUCUUCAUCUGUUUUUGAGUUCUCCAAAUGGAUCCCAAUAACUCCUUCGCAUUCAAAAAGCUUCUUUCUAUCUACAACUGUAUCUUUCUUUUCACAUACUUGGCCACCCAAACUGUAUCACAGCAUCCAAAGUUUAAGUCUUGUGAACCAAAAAACUGUGGUGCUGGCCCUAACAUAAGCUGCCCUUUUUGGCUAUCUCAAGAACAAGAACCCUUUUGUGGCCAUCCAAAUUUUAUGCUCACCUGCAGUGACAGAAGGCCAGCACUCACAAUUUCCAAUGAUGUUUAUAUCUUAAAGAUAUCUCUUACGCCACUAAUUCUAUGCGCGUGGCUAAUGCUGCUGUGUAUGAGGAAACCUGUCCACCUCUUUUGCAUAACAUUAGCCUUGAUAGAACACCCCUUACUAUUAGUCCUGGCUAUACUAAUUUCUCCUUCUUCUACAAUUGUACAUUAAAGCCCGAAGAUUACUACACUCUCUAUGCAUUAAGUUGUGCCACAAAUUCUACACAUUAUUCUAUUGCCGGUUUUCACUUGGAAGAAACAGAGAUGCCCAACAUUUACUUAUUGAAUUCAUGCCAGGAUUUUGCUAAUGCUCCUAUCCACACUGGUGAAGAUAUUGGUAGUCUGCUUGGAGAAAAUUAUCGUGAGGUUUUGAAGAUGGGGUUCCUUAUGAACUGGACUGCUCAUGAUUGUAGCACUUGUGAGAGAAGUGGUGGGCGUUGUGGAUUUGAGAAUAAUGAAUUCAAUUGUUUUUGCCGUGAUGGGCCUCGUCUCAAAUCUUGCGAUGCUGGUAACUCUUCAUCAAAUAUUCUUUAUGAUUAAUGGUGUUGGUUUCUUUCA